UAGCCUAUAUGGGAAAAAAUAUAUGAAAGUGAAGCAACAAAAAUGACUAAACCAUUGCAUAGUUCGUAGAUUUUUACCUUUAGAUAUCGUUUUCAAAUAUGUUUUAUAUUCAUUUUUAAAUUGUUCAAAUACAAGACUUCUUUUAGUCCAUUUGACUUUAUAAUGAGCCAUAAUAAUUAUAAUUAUAAUAAUGUGUAUUUAUUAUUUCUCCACAAGUGUCUGUCGCGCUCCCCCUCGUGGUUAUGGAAUAGCAUGGAAUUCCCAAGCCCGACAGCAGUAACUGCGCAUGCGUGGAGGAAAACUCCAUGAUUUUUUUUUUUGGCCCGGGAUCCUAAGGAAAAAUAGGAACUUGGAAACAGAGAUCAACUAAAAGCACCAUCGUAGAGCCACAAUCAACGCCAAGUUCGCAUAUGCACGCAGUAAAGACGCUUUGGACCUUUGAAUGAAGCGUUCGCACGCUCUGCGGCCGAGCAGGAUUCACGCGAAAUUGGACGACAGUGCACGGGGCGCAAUAAAACGCUGCGUUAUUGCUCUUUGUUUUUUAAGCAGGACGUCUCGGAUGGAUGAAGACGCAGGGAAGUGCAUAAAAAUCACCCGACGACGGUAACAGCUCUUGCAACGGAGAAGCUUGUUCGGUUAUCCGGUCGUGUUGUGCAGAGCACUGAAGAAGCAGGAAACUUCGUAAACACAACAGAGGUUCGUAGCCCGCGAGCUAAAGAAGGCCAACAGCGCGUCACACUGAACGCGACGCGACCAACUAGAACGAUUGCCAUCUUUUGGAGAGUUCCAAAGGAGCAUCUCCGUCCAUUUGAGAAGACCGGCGAGGAUUUUGUGUCAAGGCGGAUUUAUUUUUCGAUUGCGCUACGUUAAUGCUGCGUAAAUGUCCUCCAACUGUUGUAUUUCACGAAUGGUGCUGACCAAGGCUGAAUGAAGAUGAAAAGGAGCUGGAUGUGUGUGAGCAGAAAAUGACGGGGGGCAGUGAGAGUGCGGCAGGAGAUAAAGAUGGAGGUACGACGCUCACCGCUCAGAUCCCGGUUGGCUGGCAGAGGAAGGUGAAAAAUGGGACUGUGUCUUACAUCAGCCCAAGUGGUACAGUCCUGCUAACUGUGGACGAGGUGAGGGUGUAUCUGCGGACAGAUGGCACGUGUAAGUGUGGACUUGAGUGCCCGCUUGUCCCAAAUAAGGUCUUUAACUUUGACCCUGCUGCGAUGGUUCAAGCUCCUGGUCAUCAGACAGGUAAGGUUGAGGAAGACAUGACCAAACUCUGCAACCAUCGCAGGAAAGUUGACGCCAUGGCAGCACUAUGCCAAAGCAUGCAGCCCUCACAACUCACCCCGUCGGCUCAUGCCACAGGGGGUGUUGUAUGCUCAGUGGAUGUCAGGGAGCCGAGAGGAUCUAAUGUGGCUCACGGAGAUAGCUCCCACUGCACUUACUCUCAUCCGAGACACAACCAGCCCAAAUCUAACAGCAUCAACGUUCCACUGACCUCUCCUCGUUCUGUUCUGCAAAACGGUUCUGUUAGCCGCACUCCCAUCUCACGGCCCCCAGAACAAAACUCAACCUUAAAGAAGCCCAUGACACAAACACCAAUGGGCAGCAAUGCGCCUGCUUACGUGAAACAUCAGUGGAACCCUCAUUCUCAUCCACCCCACUCCCAAAGCAUCCUCCAAAUAACAGUGCACAACUCUACAUCUCCCAACAACCACCUGCUCCCCAACUCCUUUUCGCCAUGCCCCUCUUCAUCCUCAGCUCUGGUUAGUCGAAUGCAUCCACCAAACUCGCAGGGAGCAAGUGUGAAGUCGCCCCCACCUCUUUCUGUUUGCUCUUCACCCUCACACCAGGACACCUUCUCACCCCGCCAGCGUUCUCGCCAUUCGUCAACCUCUUCUCUUUCUGAGCAGGGAGCGCCAGGAUCCAUCCUCAUCCCGGGGGUCAAACUGUCGCCACCCACCAUGCCAUGCUCCUCUUCCAAGCUCCCUGUCACCCCCGCCAGCCCUUGCAGUCGCCUGGAGGGCAUCUUGCAGCACUACAAAGACUGUAAUAUCACCAACAACAGCUCCAACACUAACUCCACCAUCUUUAGCAACCAAAGUAACCAUCAAAUGUCACAGGCCCUGUCGUCUGCCAACCCUAACCCUGGUGAAAAGAGGAAUGGGGCAACUGCAAGCCCACUGAACUCUGCUCAAGCCCCAGGCCUGCUUGGGCAUCCUUUAGGACAGAUUCUCAGCCAACAGAAGAGCCAGCAGCACGUCAGUAGCUCUUUCCCGGCCAGCAGCCUCCUUUCUGCAGCCGCCAAAGCCCAGCUGGCCAACCAGAAAUCCCAGAGCCAGCUCAACGCAGCUGAUGCGCUGUCUGUACUCCCUCUCAUGGGCCUGGACAAGGAGCAGCAGUCCAAGGUAUUGAUUAGCACUUUAAACAGUAGCCUCCACCCCAACUCCACCAGAGCACAGUCCCUAACUGCCAUGCUACGCUCACACUCCCCUUCCCUCUCCCAGAGUCCACAUGCUGUUGCUGAGAAAACCUCUCACCGCAAACGACAACGCUGCAUGCCCACCGUACUGAACAUGCACAAAGAAUCUCAGUUGAGUCAGACCUCCGGAGAUCUGUCCACACCGCCUCUCCUCAUCUCUCCAACCCUUUCACCUUCCUCUCCUCCAAUCCCUUACUCGGACAACCACCGGCUCCAUGUCACUCCUCCAAAUGCCUCUUUACCAAACGCCUCCUACACGAACAGCACUCUUAGGUUGCAGGAUUCAGAGGAAGGCAAGAAGCCGGGACUUGCUAAUUCCCACCCACUUUCCUCCCUUUCUCCAUCCCAGCCUCUCUCCGCACUGCUUCAGCUUCUUAGCAUGCAGAAUGCGCAAAACGCAGCCCAGCAGUCCUGCAGCACCGCUGCCAUGCCUAGCAACAGACAUACACACCUGUCCCCUUCACCAAGACCCAUCACUCCACAGACACCCCAAUGCGACAGCCAGCCCACGUUACGCUUUCUGCAUCCUCAACCCCAAAGCCCAGUGCCCAUGCCUGAACCUUCUGCCCAGCUGUCCCCAUCGCAGCCCUUUCCUCUGAUGGGUAAUGAGACAACCAUGAACCUCAAAACAGCCUCCAGCAACACCAUCCUGAACUUGAGCCAGCCCCAAACGGGCACACAGCCGGACCUCAGCAGUUCAGUUAUAAGCAUGGUAAACCAGAUGUCCUCAGAGUCCUGCUUGCCCUCUCUCCCAGAGAAAGAUUGUGGACUCAAAACAACAGGGACUUCUCCUGACCACAACACCUACCAAAUAAACCAUCCCCACCAGUCAAACCACAAUCAAGCUGUGGAAACCGAAGGUCCCGCAGACACCGUAGAUCAGCCAGACACAAGACUGCUGGGUAGCUGUGACUCGGACCACAGCCUCUCUUUGCCCACUGCCCCCACUUCCGACCUCUCCAACCUCACCGCUGACCCUGCUGUGUCCUUGCCACUGGCUGAGGCCUUCCCCUUCAUGAACCAAGAACAACUCCUCCAGCUUUUAUCCUCCAAUGCCGGACUACCCUCCUUGCUGCCGCCCUUCCUGGGCUCCCUGCCUUUAGGGGUCUGGACAGGCAGCCAGCCCUCUGUGACAGGAGGCACCCAACCCCAGCAACCGGUACAGCCUGCCAGUGGCAUCUUGAACUCUCCUCUCAAUGUGCUGCCCUCCACGCUUGGCACCCAGGGUGAGCUUCCUCUCAACCUUGUGAGUCUGUUAAAUCCACCAGGGAUGGAAGAGGGUGACAAGCCCCCUGGGCUUCAGGCCCUCCUCAUGGCAUCUCUACUGCUUGGGCAGAAUCCUGGUGGCAUGUUGCCAUUACCACUCAAUCUGGAGAUUCCCACGCCACAGCAACAGUUGUUUGCGGAUGGAGUGUCUCUGGAGAAGACGCCUGCUCUACUGGACUCUCUCCUGUUGGGGCCGGGGCUCUUGGAGGCCCUUCAAACUCUAGCACCCCCCACAGACGGCCAGUCACUCCUCCUUUCCACCCCUCUCGCCCCUCCCCCAGGUGCCUUCCUCUCCCUCAACCCCUCGCUGCUGGUCGCUGCUCUCGCUCAGACUGAACCCCUCUCCAACCACACGCCAUCCCCCCCGCCUCAUUCUCAGGGGACUCUGUCCAGUCCUACUCUAGUUUCUACCUCUGUGUCCUGUGCCCCCCUGGUGCCCACUACAGGCCAGGAAGUGUGUGACCCCCUGACUGAGCAGGACAAACACACCCACACACCUAAUUUCCUGCACCCUCUACUUGCACCUGGGGUUCUUGGUGACCUUGCAGCUCUGGGUAACAUUAACAGUCUACAUAGUUUACUAGGAGUGGGGCCACUGUUGUUACCCCAGGGGCACUCUCUGGGCGUCCCACUGCCACAGAACCAAACGCCUCUCAACCCACUCACCUAUCUACAGCUCACAAUGGCACCUACACUGAUGGGAGAGAAGCCAGUGUCACUCCACGAGACUCCUCCAUCACAAGAAGAGCUUCCAUCAGCUCAGAUAUCCCAGGAUUCCCUGCUCAAUCCAGUCCAGACAACUGCGCAGCAGCGAGAGGGCUCGAGUGGGAGUGGGACUGGGCUGUUUGACCCCUACAGUUCCUUCAUGGACACGAUAUACACCUCCUUCCUGCAGGUCAGUGAGCGAACCGAAGGUGGGUCUGACUCUACCCCCCUGACGUACCCAGAACUGCCACCCAUCCUCCAGCAAGCCAGCGCCCCACCCUCUCUUAGCCCACGCCGGGCAUGUUCGGUCCAUAACCCAGAUCUGUCCCGUAUCGGCAUAGAAAUGGCGCAGUCUCCCGCUCGCGGAACGCCCAAACUGAGUGAAGACCCCUCAACGCCACCCCCCAGUAAACCAGCAGGGGCUGACGCCCUGUCGGAUGCCCCCCUGCAUCCUGCCUUCAUGGAGGAAGCCAAGAUGGACGGCUUGGCCAACGUGUGUCUGUAUAGCAAUGGAAUCGGUUCGGGAAUGGAGGGGAGAGGAGAAAAAGAUGAUGAUGAAAAUGAGGAGGAGGAUGAUGAACGAAGGCUGCAGGGGUAUUUAAGUCCCGGUGAGAGGGCGAGAAGAGAAGGGGGCGAUGACGUUAACAACAGAGGCACUGAGCAGGGGAGGGCUGAAGACAUGCACACAGUAUCCAGGAGGGGGCGCAAGAGAAAACAGUCGCUGCAGAGGACGCCAGAGCUGCCGGGGGGGAUGGACAGUAUCAUAGAAGAGCCCACCGCUGCAAUGGCACUGUUGAGACCGGCGAGAUCUGCAAGAGGGAAGAGACGACGCGUGAUCCGAUAGCCCUCGUGCUACUGUACUUACCACCAACACCAGCACUGCUGCCAUGGCAACACCACCAUCACCAGGCCACAUCAUGCCAUUUGACUGAGUUGCACUGUGAAGACUUGCCGUUUGAAUCGUGUCUGUCUGGUUAUCUCGCUUCUGCUCACUCACUUUUCUGUUUUUUUAUUUUAUCUGUUUAAACUGCCGUUAACAGUCUCGUCUUUUGUCUGGGUGCUGUGAUCUCUCGAGUACACACUAUGAGCUUCAUUCAUGAAACAAGUAAAUCGUAUGUACAACUACUGUUGCGUAAAUGGUGGCAUGAAUGUGACGGUUAUUGUUUGUAAAACUGUUCUUGCUUAAAUUGCCAGACUGAUGUGUUCGUGUAAGAAUAGUUGACGUUCGUAAAACCAUUAUUGCAUAAAUUAAUCACACACGUGACUAUAUAAGAACAGAUAUCAUUGUUGCAAAAAUAUGACAAUUUAAAAUUAACGUUCGUAAAGCCAUUCUUGCGUAAUUUGUUGCAAAAAUGUGGCCAUUGAAAACAUAUUCGCAUCAUUCAUAAAACCAUCUGUCAUUUUAAGAAUUGUUACGGUUCAUAUAACCAUUCUUGUGAAAACUGUCACAUGAAAUGUUACAAUUUCAGAAUAUUUAACUUUGUCACAAGAAUUCCACAAUUUAAUGGUUAUCGUUGGUACUUGAAAGUGACAAGAAUAGAUAAUGUUCAUAAAGCCAUUCUUUCGUAAACUUUUGCACUAAUUUGACCAUUAAAGAUUGUUUGUAAACCAUUCUUAUGAAAAUUGUCACAUGAACGCAUCAAUUUAAGAAUAGCUAUUACUGUAAUUUGAACAUUACAAUUAAAGAAUCAGUACUGAGUGUAUUAAUUCAACAAUUUAAGAAUUGUUACAGUUAAUAUAACCAUUCUUGCUAAAAUCGUAACAUAAAAUGUGACUAUUUUUUAAUAUUGUCACAUCAAUUCAGUAAUUUAAUUGCAUUCAUUCACAUGAAUUCAGUGUUACUGUCACUGUUGUCACAUGAAUUUUGACAAUUGAAUAAUUAUUGUUGUCACAUGAAUUCGACAAUUUAAUUAUCACAAGAAUUGACCAUUUUUAUAAUUGUUGUUGCAUGAAUUCAACAAUUGAAUAAUUAAUUUUUUAACGAGUUUAAUUGUCACAUGAAUUCGACAAUUUAAUUAUCACAUGAAUUUUAACAAAUGUUAUAAUUAUUGUUGUCGCAUGAAUUUGACAAUUGAACAAUUAAUUUUUUUAACGAGUUUGACAAUUUAAUAAUAAUUGUCACAUUGUGACAAUUGAAUAAUUGUUGUCACAUGAAUUCGACAAAUUAUAUGAAGUUUGACAAUUUUUAUAAUUAUUUUCAUAUUAAUUUGACAAUUGAAUAAUUUUUUUACGAGUUUGACAAUUUAUUUUUGUCAUGAAUUUGACAAUUGAAUAAUUUUUAAACAAGUUUGACAAUUUAAUAAUUAUUGUCACAUUAAUGUGACAAUUUAAUAAUUGUUGUCACGUGAAUUCGACAAUUUAAUUAUCACAUAAAUUUUUACCAUUUUUAUAAUUAUUGUUGUCGCAUGAAUUCGACAAUCGAAUAAUUCAUUUUUUAACGAGUUUGACAAUUCAAUAAUUUUUGUCACAUGAAUUCAACAAUUUUAUUUUAGAUAUUGUCACACUUGGCAAAUGAAUUCAACAAUUUUACAUCGCAACAGGAAUUUGACAACUUAAUCGUUAUUGCUGUCACAUGAAUUGGAUACUUUAAUAAUUAUAUCACCUGAACGCAGCAGUUUUACAAAUAGUUUGAUGAAUGUGUGCCGGUGUGUUAUAACAGUAAUGUGAACUUCACAGCUCACUUCAAUUAAACGUACACUCCCAUCAGGCUGCUGUAUGGAGAACAAAGCAUGUACUCACAUUUCUCCAUUUUGUUGUACAUCUUUAACAGAACUGUGUUUUUUGCUCCUGUAUAACGUGUCUCUAGCGCUCCCUAUGGGUCCAUCAGUGGUACUGCGUGUUCCAGAGCCAAAAUCGCCUGUUACGCUGGGAAUCUGCUCCUUUCCAACUCUAACCAAACGACUGACUGAUUUAGUAUCACAAUAGUGUCAUUUUUAUUUUUUUAAACUGCCUCAUGACCAGGUUUUUCAGCCCGAAACUCAUUUAGUAGGACUUUUGUCAGUAUAUGUGUGUGUGCGUGAGAGGGAGAGUGUUUUUGUAGGAUUUUAGGGGCUUUAGUCAUGGAUAGUGUCAGCACAGUGCUGUGUUACUGCGAGCGCCUGUGAGCCACUUCAUCAACACAGGCACAAGAAUAUUUAAAAUAAUGAGGCUGAUUAUGCAAUUUUACUAUUGAAUUUUAUGUAAAUAUGUACAGUUUUAGUAUUUUAUUUUGUACACCUUUUUUAGGAAAAAAAUGAUCAAUGUGUAAAAUAUUUCUCCUGCAGAGAAUCCUUUUCCUUUCUCAUAUUCAUGUUUAAUUUGUAAAGAAAAUACUUUGAGAAUUGUGAACUAGUAGCAUUUCCUUUUUUGUUGGGAGUUCCUUUUUUUUUUUUUAACAAAUUAAAACAUUUUAAACAAUGAAACGGUUUUAUCAUUUCGCUUAAUGUCGUGUUUUAUGAUGGAAAAGCUUGAAAUAUCAAUUGCAUCGUCUUUAGUGAAUUAUAUAUACAUUCUCCUGUCAUGCUCAUCUUCAUUUAAUACUUAUCCGCAAAAAAACGUAUGCAUAAUUUUGCAUGAAUGUGAGAAUGUAAAGUUAUUGGUGUAAAUUGAAUAUAACACACAAAUGUGACAUGGAAACUUCAUGGAUGAAUAUACAUUUUCAGUUUUGCUCUAACAUUCGCACAUUUUUUUAUACUGGGAAUUCAUUAGCCAAAAUUUGUGGGAAAUGUAGUGUGUGUCAGCAUUGAUUAAGGCUCGUAUGAAAUUUCUGAAAGCAUGUUUAUUAUCACGUCUCGAGAUGCAUUUUAAAUUCUAUCUUGGAAAAUUACGAUAUAAUCGGUGAACAUUGCGCUUAGUAAUAAUA